AUACUGUUACCAAGUCAUGUCCAUUCUUUUUGGCUUCUGGCAUUGUGUUACUGCUGAGUUUCAUUGUGUUUCUGAUACCAACCUGUUCGCAUCAAAAUAAUUUAUAUUACUUUAGUGCCGGUAUUAUGUUCAUUGUGUCAGGUUUACUGAUGCUCAUAGGUCUGAUUGCAUACAUAUCCAUAUUGAAGGCAGAAAUUGGGUCAAAGUUGCGUCCAAGGUCAUCGCUGCAGCCGCCCAUGUUUAAGGUCACCUACGGUCAGAGUUUCUUUUUGUUUGUCUUUGGCUUUAUAGCGACGGAAUUUGUGGGUCUGUUGAACAUUUUUCUCUACAUCAGUCUGCAGGAAGCCGGUUAUUAUAGUGUAAGUAUAUCUGUGUGUGUGUGUCGCCUUCCCUGCUUCAGUAUCUCAAAUCUCCAGGAGAAAAUCCGAGAGGGAGAAAAUCGUCAAAAACGUAAACAAAAGAAUGCCAAAAAUACCUAUAAAAGCUAUAAACAUGAAUUGGAUAAGAAACCCAUCGAUCGUAAACGUCAUGGACAGCAAAAUAAAAAACGUCAAGUUCGUGCACAAGAAUUAGAAUUGGACUCAAAGAAGCUAUUGAAGAAUAUGACACAAAUGGGUCGCAUCGAAGCUGUUGCAGCGGCCGCCGCAUCUGGAAGGCGUAGUGCUGCUGAAAUGUUUGACAAAAAAUCCGAAGCACCACUGGCAUGUCGCAAACAUCCAAAUGGUUUGGGCUCAACAAUGUUUCUUAAUGAAUUGGAAAGGAGAUACUAUUUCGAAAAGAAUUCCGACCAUGCAAUGUCGAAUAAGUGUAAUUUGCACUCGAAAAAUUUGGCAAAAUCUUUAAAUGAACUUUAUUUAGAAUCUACACUGCCACCGCCACCACCUUCAGCCAUACGGAUGGGUGGCGGUGGUGGUGGAGGACUCCAACAUCAAAGACAAAGACAACAACAACAAGCACAUCGUUCUCAAUAUCAGUUACAAAUACAAACAUUACCACGACCGCCACAACAAUUUAGCGAUACACCGCAGGAGUUUCCAUUGACGCGAAGUGUUUCCACAACAACGGAGAUUUAUGCCACCCACAAUGUCAGUUUUGCCGGUGAUUUAAGUGAGAAGGCGACAAACGCCCAACACAGUGGCAGUGGCAACAACAAAGCAUCGUUGCACGAACAAAAGAAUUCCACAAGUCUGAGCAAUCGAAGACGUAAUGUGGCAACCAACACGAGAUACAACAGCGCUAGCGAUACAGAGACACAGGCAAAUGUUGCUCUUGGCACUGAAAGAAGUGGUGGCAGCAACAACAAGAAUAAAAAUUUAUACAAUAAACGACUGGAGCAGCUACAGCACCAACAACACCACUAUGAUGGUAAAACCAACUACAAGUUUGAUGAACAGCAACACCAACGUGGCCAUCGCCCUGUCCAUCACAAUAAUGGCAAUGUUGACGUUGAAGAUGAUGCUGCCAUUGACCACAACCACCAUGCCAAUGAGAAUGAGGAGGACGACGACAAUGAUGGCGAUGAAGAACAGCCCCAAAAACUAUGUGGUCUAAAAAGGGGUAUUCGCAAAACCAAAGAUGAACUUUUCGAAGAAUUCUGCAAAAGGGCUGGCGUACGUCCAAAACCCAAAAAUAUUUACUAUAUUGAGAACGACGACGACGAUGAUGAUGCUGCUGAGAACGAUGUCGAAGAAGAACAACAACUCAACCAUAGACGGGACAUGAAUGCGGUUAUGGGUACUGGUGGCGGAAUGAAUCACAAAAUGUUUCGUUCGAAACAUAACCUACGCACCACCACCAACACCAUAACGAACCAACAAAACCCCUUGGAUGGCCGUAAGAAGCUGCAUGACAAACUGCAAAGUGAAUAUCGGACCGGUGCAAAUGACAGCAAAAAUGCCAGUGGAAAAACUCGUGAAAAUAAUCACAUUUUUUUGUCCGGAGAAGACACUGGCAGAGAUGAGGUGGGGGACAACGAUGUCGAUGAUAAUGACGACGAUGAUGAUGGUGAUCAUGGUUUUAAGAAAUUGACCGAAAAUGAAGACCAUUUAUAUGUGAUUGAUGAUAACAUCCAUUUAAUGCCACCAUCUGCAGCACUACGAAACAAUAACCGCCGUGCUUCUAUGUAUGUUGAACCCAAUCAUUUGAGACGUCUUAGUUCCAAUUUAUCACUGCAUGCCCUCUACACACCCCUGCCUGUACCAAAACCACUGUAUGACUUUGAAAGUCCUGUUGGUGUGAACAGCGAUUAUGCUGCCAACGCAUUUCCUUUGACACAUGGCAAUACCGCGGCCCAUCAUCAUCAUUAUAUGACUCGUGAUGUAUACGGUGGUUCACAAAAUCGUUUGCACCACCCGGUCCAUCCCGAUUAUCAACAACAAAUGAUGUAUCAAAGUCGUACCACAUUGCCGAGGGCUUUGGUGAAGCGUAACACCGAUUCACAGGACAGUAUAGCGUCAGCGUUAAGUACUAGCCAGUUGCAUAAUAUUUACAGUUCAAGCCAGCAACGUUUGACGAAUCUUAUGGUGCAACAUCAACAACAACAACAGUUACAGCAGCAGCAGCAACAACAACAUCAAUUACAACAGUUGCAGCCACAGAAUCGUUAUUUAAGCCUUUCAAGGGAACAGGAUGUCUAUAGUUCACGUUAUGGCCUCCACAAGUCAAAUGAAGAAUUAAAUGGGCACUUUGUUCAGCAACAGCAGCAUCAACAGCAGACCAUGUACUUGCAACCACCACCUCAUCAAAUACAGUAUACGCAACAUCCACUGCAGCAACAACAACAACAUUCUCAUAUGAGUUCCUCUUUAAAACAACAACAACAGCCAAUGGUCCAGUGGCCUACUGCCAUACCUUCAUCACCCUCGAAUUUCCGUUUGUACAGCGUUGGGGGUCCCACAGCUUCUGUUGUUUCAUCGCAAAACUCCAAUCAUGCUGUAUUAACACGCUCACAAAGCGGAGGUGGUAAUGGCACAGCUGGAGGUCACGGUCCUUCAAAAUUCCAAAGAGCUUACGCCUUCGACGAACAACGUCGACCAAGUGGCAUGGUUGGCGAUGCAUUCGAUUUGGAUGAAAUCGAAAGGGAGAGACGACGUUCUCAUGCCAGCCUAUAUGCCGGUAUGGCUAUUGUUAACGGUAGUCCAACUGUUAAAACAAAUAACACCUCCAGUUACCAUUAUGAUAUGAUAAAUGGUACAGCUGUGUAG